CGCGGGUGGGCGGGACUUCCGGUUGAGCGCACCCGGAAGAUUCGGAUGCAAGUUUCGCUGGCUGACCCGUGCAUCCAUAUGCUCGUCACUUCAGGCGUUUUCAUGUGAUUUAGGCGCUUUUUCUACCCACUAGUGUUCGCAGCGAUGUUAUCUUUAGACUUUCUUGACGACGUGCGUCGCAUGAAUAAGCGGCAGCUCUAUUACCAGGUGCUGAACUUUGGUAUGAUUGUUUCGUCCGCGCUCAUGAUCUGGAAAGGACUGAUGGUCGUCACUGGCAGUGAGAGUCCAAUUGUUGUUGUUCUCAGUGGCAGUAUGGAGCCAGCUUUCCACAGAGGAGACCUGCUGUUUCUGACCAACCGGGUAGAAGAUCCCAUCAGAGUCGGAGAGAUUGUCGUCUUCAGGAUAGAGGGCAGAGAGAUCCCAAUUGUGCACAGAGUACUAAAGAUCCAUGAAAAGGAAAACGGAGACAUUAAGUUCUUGACCAAAGGAGACAACAAUGCAGUGGAUGACAGAGGACUGUACAAGCAGGGCCAACACUGGCUGGAGAAAAAAGAUGUGGUGGGACGAGCUAGAGGGUUUGUGCCAUACAUUGGAAUAGUCACCAUUCUCAUGAAUGAUUACCCCAAGUUCAAAUAUGCUGUUCUCUUCAUGUUGGGUCUCUUUGUGUUGGUCCAUCGGGAGUGAGGCACCCAAGCUUCAGGACUCAAGAAAGAUAAACUACGUCCAGGAAACCUCAGUCAUGCCUUUCAAAACCGAAUUAAGUUAGACUUUGUCGAACCCAACUGGCUCUUUUGUACCAUUUGUUUGAACAUUUUGUAGAAAUGUGGAUAGGGUGUUUACAUUUGAAAAAAAUCCAAGCUUUAAAGUAUUUUUGUGAGGGAUCUAGGCUAGGUUUAGGUUAAAUUCGAUCUUUGUUUGUAAUCCUCAGAAUGUGAAAGAGCAUUCGUUGAGAUAAAUUAAGUCUUGUUUCUUUCCUGUUGAAUGGUUGUCUUUGAAAAAGAUAUGUGAAGUAUUUUAUGACAACUAAAUAUGAAUGAUAUUAAAUAUGAAAUCUGGUUACCAUCCA